AUGUAUCAGUUGACUUGGAUACAGGUAAUGGCCGAUCUGGACACCAAGCUCUCUGCGUUUGAAGUGGUCCACAAGAAGAUUCUGAAGCUACAGACUGACGCAUGCCUCAAGGAUCAGGUUGUGGCUGCCUAUGUGGAGCUUCAGAAAGCUGACUGUGCAUUGUCCAAUGUUCUGAUUCGAGCCAGGGCGGUCAAGAAGCCGGCGGCGCCAAAGGCCAAAUCGGCCUCUCGCAAGCGCAAGUCUAAGAGUGUGAAGGUUGAGGGACAGAAUGAAGAGGAUGGUGCGGAUGAGAAUGAUGAGGAGGAGGAGGAGGAUGAGCCAGCCCCCCCGGUGGUCCCUGCUCCAAAAAGGAGAAAGGGGAGGAAAAGUGCUUAG